AUGGCUACCACCAAGACACCUCAAUUAGUUGGUUUUGUUCUCUCUUUGCUUCUUCUGAUCUUAUUGAUCUCCUUUCAAGUUAAAGUCACCGAUGGCAAACGCAACCUACGUCAAGAACGGGUUCUGGAGUCCCCUUCCCCUCUCCCUCCCACCGCUCCUAUGUACGUGCCGCCCUCUAAAUCACGUAGAGGGAGAGGUCCAUAA